AAUGAUUACUAUUAAUGCUCUACAAUGUUCAUCAACCCUGCUAAAGUCUCCUUAGCCGGGACAAAAAUAAUGAGGUUUCCCAUUCUCAUUUUAGACCAUUUGUUAUCUUGCCUGCUGUUAUUGCUACUGGGAAGCAGCAAUGCAGUUUCGAAAAAUGAAGAACUGCAGACGUAUAUAAUCCACAUGGACCACUCUCACAUGCCUGCAUCCUUCAUAACCCAUGAGUCAUGGUAUCGAUCCAUCUUAAGAUCGUUGCCACAUUCUGUUGAUGACAAAAAAAUGCUGUUGUAUCCGUAUAACCAUGUCAUGCAUGGCUUUAGUGCCAGACUCACGCAAUCACAACUAUCUAAAAUUGAGAAAUCUCCUGCUCAUCUUGCCACAUAUCAUGAGUCGUUUGGCAAGCCGUUCACCACCUACAGCCCCAAGUUUCUUGGACUAGAACAUAAUUAUGGCUUGUGGCCCACUGCAUCAUUUGGGGAAGGUGUGAUCAUAGGAAUCAUUGAUACAGGAAUUUGGCCAGAGAGUGAGAGUUUUAAUGACAAGGAGAUGCCUCCUGCGCCACAGAGAUGGAAGGGCCAGUGUGAGAAUGGUUCUGCAUUUAGCCCUUCUAACUGCAACUGGAAGCUCAUUGGAGCUCGAUCCUUCAGCAAAGGACUCAUAGCAGCAGGUAGAAAUAUUUCCACUGAGAUUGACUAUGACUCGCCAAGAGACUUCUUUGGCCACGGAACCCAUACUUCAUCCACAGCUGCAGGAAACCAUGUUCCUGGUGUAAGUCACUUCGGAUAUGCAAGAGGCACAGCCUCAGGUGUAGCUCCACGAGCACAUAUUGCCAUGUACAAGGUCCUCUUUACAACAGAUACACUGCAGAGUGCAGCCAGUGAUGUGCUCGCUGGCAUGGACCAAGCAAUUGCUGAUGGGGUGGACAUCAUGUCCUUAUCUCUUGGUUUCCAAAAGACACCUUACUUCAAUGAUGUUAUUGCCAUAGCUUCUCUUUCAGCAAUGGAGAAAGGAAUUGUUGUCGUAUGUGCAACUGGCAAUGAUGGAGACUUCAACGCAACACAUAAUGGAGCACCUUGGAUCACAACAGUAGGAGCUGGCACACUUGAUCGGAGUUUCACUGCAAAAAUGACCCUGGAAACUGGGUUAGUAGUGGAAGGAACAUCAUACUUCCCAAAGAGCAUUUACAUUACUGAUGCUCCUUUAUACUAUGGCAAAGAUAAUGAUAGCAAAGCAUAUUGCCACUACGAUGCAUUGGUUCCAGGUGAGGUCCAUGGAAAGGUAGUCCUUUGUGAUACUAACAAAGAAACUAAUGUUAGUAAACAAAAGGAUGAGCUUGAAAGGGUAGGUGCAUAUGCUGGAAUUCUCAUCACAGAUACAUCACUUCUGCAUUCGCGUGACUACACCAUUCCCUGCCUGGUAAUUCCAACUGCUUCUGGGGCCUUGGUCAGGGACUAUGUGACUGGGGUGACAACACCAAAGGUGAGAAGCAUGGAAUUCAUAACCACUAAGUUGGGUACAACAACAGCACCUCAAGUGGCCUAUUUCUCAUCCAGAGGGCCGGAUCCGAUCAGUCCAAAUGUUCUAAAACCAGAUAUUCUGGCUCCAGGAGUAGAUGUGCUGGCAGCAAUCGCACCAAACAAGCCGUACAUGAAAAUGGAUGGAUACGAUGUUGUGACAGACUAUGCACUAUUUUCAGGUACAUCAAUGGCAGCACCCCAUGUCGCUGGAGUGGCAGCUCUACUUAAGAGUGUCCAUCCUGAAUGGAGCCCAGCAGCCAUCCGAUCGGCUAUUAUGACCACAGCAUAUGUCACGGAUCAGAGUGGCACAAUUUUGAAAGACCAACAGACAGGCCUUCCAGCCACACCUUUAGAUUUUGGAGCUGGGCAUCUCAACCCAAACAAAGCCAUGGAUCCUGGACUCAUCUACGACUUGUGCUUCCAAGAUUAUAUUGACUUCCUAUGCCGCCUCGGCUACACUGAAAAGCAGCUAAGUGCUAUCAUUAGGCAAAGCCAAUGGAAUUGCAGCCAGGAACAGAGCGACCUAAACUAUCCUUCAUUUAUCAACAUAUUCAACAAAGAAAGCUCUCCAAUGAUGAAGAAAUUUAGUAGGGUUGUAACGAAUGUUGGAAAUGACAGAGCUGUUUACAACGCAACCCUAGUGAUUCCUCCUGGAAUGAGAGUCACAGUAGAGCCCAGUAGUUUGUCCUUCACUCAAAAAUAUCAGAAUCAAGGUUAUUCUGUCAAUUUAGAGAUUGAUACAGAUGCUCCAACUGUGGUCUAUGGUUAUCUCAAAUGGAGUGAUCAACACAACCAUGUGGUAUCAAGCCCUUUAGUGGCUGUUAAACUCUAA